AUGAUCGCCGGCAAGGAUGUUAUCGACAUUCUCAGCGCAAUCGUCCCAAUGUACUUCCCACUAACAAUCGCCUACGUUACUGUACGGUGGUUCAACCUCUUCACCCCCGACCAAUCCGCCGGAAUCAGUCGCUUCGUCAGAACCCUCGCCAUUCCAUUCCUCUGCUUCCAAGUAAUCUCCUCCAACAAUCUCCUUGCCAUUAAUCUCAAACUCUUCGCCGCCGAUUCACUUCAGAAGCUCAUUUCCCUCGCCGCUCUGUUCCUCUGGAAAUUGCUCCAUACAAACGCCUCUCUCGAUUGGAUGAUUACUCUGUUCUCUCUGUCUUCUCUUCCGAAUACGCUCAUCAUCGGCCUUCCAAUGACGACGGCGAUGUACGGCCAAGGCUCGGUUGGUUUCAUGAUUCAGACUCUGGUUUUUCAGAACGCCAUUUGGAUCAAUGUGUUGAUUGUUCUGUUCGAGUAUAGAGCUGCGAGAAUGAUCGUGGCAGCGGAGGAGGAUCGGAGGGGUGGUGGUGGAGAGUGUGGUUUAGUGGAUUUAAAUGGAUUGAAACAGGUUUUUCCGGAGAAAACAGAGGUGAGUGUUGUGUGUGUUGAUGGCGACGGUGAAAUUGGUAGUGAAGUUGAUGGUAAUGGUAAUGGUAAUGGUAAUGGUAAUGGAGGUUUUCCGGCGAAAGAGAUAGUUCCGGGCGACGGCAGUGGUGGUUCUAGACAUAUAGGGGUGAUUGUAGAGGCUGAGAAGGAAAAUGAUCUCCAAUUGGAGGAUACUUUUUCCUCCGAAGGAAGGAGUGGAAUGACAAAACUUGUAGUUUACAUGGUGUGGAAGAAGAUUAGAAGAAAUCCCAUUACUUAUGCAAGUUUAGUUGGCAUCAUUUGGUAUGACAUAAAAAUGCCAACAGUGUUGCAAAGAUGCGUAUUAAUGUUAUCAGACACAGGCCAAGCUCUCUCCAUGUUCACCUUAGGCAUUUUCAUGGCAGCACAACCAAACAUCAUCGCUUGUUCGAUGUCCGAGGCUGCCUCCGCCAUGCUCGUUCGGUUCCUUGUUAGUCCCAUGCUCAUAGCUGCCAUUUCCAAACUCAUCAACCUUCAUGGGAUUGCAUUGCAUACCGCUAUUAUUCAGGCUGCUUUUCCUCAAGGAGUAGUUUCAUUUGUAUUGGCUAAGGAAUACAAUGUUCAUCCAAACGUACUUAGUACUUCGUAA